GGACCCGCACCCGCGUCGCAGCCCGGCCAGCCUGCUCCGCGCUCGCCUGCCCGUCUGCCCGCCGGCCCCGCGCACCCUUGCUGCCGCCGGUCUGCGCCCAGCCACCCCACGGGCACCAUGCACCUCUCCCAGCUGCUGGCCUGCGCCCUGCUGCUCGCGCUACUCUCGCUCCGGCCCUCCGAAGCCAAGCCCGGGGCGCCGCCGAAGGUCCCGCGCACUCCGCCAGGGGAGGAGGUGGCCGAGCCCCAGGCUGCGGGCGGAGGUCAGAAGAAGGGCGACAAGACUCCCGGGGGCGGCGGCGCCAAUCCCAAGGGCGACCGGUCGCGACUGCUCCGGGACCUGCGCGUGGACACCAAGUCUCGGGCGGCGUGGGCCCGUCUUCUGCAAGAGCACCCCAACGCGCGCAAAUACAAGGGAGGCAACAAGAAGGGUUUGUCCAAGGGCUGCUUCGGCCUCAAGCUGGACAGGAUCGGCUCCAUGAGCGGCCUGGGAUGUUAGUGCGGCGACCCCUGGCGGCGGAUUGGGAACUUGCUCCGUUUUGCUGAGGUCAUCCUUGGUCAUCAGCCUCCCAGCAUCUGGAAGCACCUCCAGCGCAAUGUGGCUUUUACAUUUCUUUUUUUUUUUUUUCCUGGUACUGGGAA